AAUAGCACAUACAAACAACAAAUAACCGUUCCUACCAUAACAACUGAAUCCUCCAUAUCACAUUAUGGCUAAAUUGUUUGAAGCAAUUUUCUUCAAAUCUCUUUUCCUCUUUUGGUACCGUUUUCUCCUAAGGCAACUCAAAAACCUUAUAGUCUUGCAUAGAACUAUUACCAACUCUUUUACAACUACAAAAACAUCACAAAUUAAAUACCAAAAAUUUCCAUCUCUUAUUAAUCGAUCAGACCUCAAUGACCAUACAUUAAUCUUUGAUGUUGAAAAUACUUUACUUAAAUCCUCUUCUCUGUUUCCAUAUUUCAUGCUUGUAGCAUUUGAAGCAGGAGGGCUUAUUAGAGCCAUUGUUCUAAUUUUUUUGUACCCUUUUAUUUAUUUAGUGGGAGAAAAAAUGGGGUUGAAGAUAAUGGUUAUGACAUGCUUUUUUGGUAUCAAAGCAGAGAACUUUAGAAUUGGAAGAUCAGUUCUUCCAAAAUUCUUCUUGGAAGACGUUGGUUCAGAAAUUUUUGAGGUACUUAAAAAAGGUGGGAAAAAAAUGGGUGUGAGUAAUUUACCUAGAGUAAUGGUGGAGAGUUUCUUGAAAGAGUAUUUGGAAAUUGAUUUUGUUGUUGGCAGAGAGAUGAAAAUGUUUUGUGGGUACUAUGUUGGGUUGAUGAAUGAGACAAAAAAUAAGUAUGCUUUGGAACAAGUCAAAGAAGGGAAAGGUUGUUCAGAUAUGAUUGGAAUUACAACAUUCGAUUUAAUUCCUCACCACGAAAUUUUCUCUUCUUGCAAGGAAUUGUAUGCUGUAACACAAGAUGACAAGAGAAGUUGGAAAAAGCUAGAAAAGGAAAAAUACCCAAAAGCACUUAUUUUUCAUGAUGGAAGAUUGGCUCUAACACCAACACCAACACCAACGAAAUCAAUAGCAAUGUUAAUGUGGCUACCAUUCGGAUUAAUCCUUUCAGUUAUUAGAAUCGCACUAGCUGUUUCACUUCCGUUUAGAAUCUCAACUCCGUUACUAACAUUUACCGGACUCCGUCUCACUUCUUCAAUUCCCGAAAACUCACACCGUAACAAACAAAACGGCGACGAUAAAUCCAACGGUCACGGUCAUCUUUACGUGUGUAACCACAGAACGUUACUAGAUCCACUCUACAUUUCAUUCUCGUUACAAAAGAAAUUAAUCGCCGUAACGUAUAGUUUAAGCAGAAUGUCUGAGAUAUUGGCGCCAAUUAAAACGGUGCGUUUGACGAGAAAAAGAGAUAUUGAUGCGAAAAUGAUGCGGCGGUUAUUAGAGCAAGGGGACGUUGUUGUGUGUCCAGAAGGGACCACUUGUAGGGAACCCUAUUUAUUAAGGUUCAGUCCUUUAUUUUCUGAAAUUUGCGAUCAAAUAACACCCGUUGCUGUUGAUACCCACGUCAGCAUGUUUCAUGGUACAACUGCUAGUGGACUUAAGUGUUUGGACCCGGUUUUUUUUCUUGCUAAUCCUUUCCCGGUUUACACGGUUCGGUUGCUGAACCAAGUGGUUCCUUCACAAGGUAAUAAUAAUGUUGGUGAUGUGAAUGUGAAUGAGAGUGAAAAUUGUAGAUUUGAAGUGGCAAAUCAUGUUCAAGAAGAGAUUGGUAAUGCUUUGGGAUUUGAGUGUACUAAACUUACAAGGAAAGAUAAGUACUUGAUUUUGGCCGGUAACGAAGGGGUAGUUUUCAAUAGAAAGAGGAGUUACUAAUUAACUACCCACCAAUCAACUAUUACAAACUUAUAAAGGCGGUGAAAAUGAAUGUGGACCUAGCGAAAACAAUGGUCUUCUUUUUUAUUUUCUUUGAUUUAAUUGAUAGUCAUUGUUUUUUUUUUUUUUAAUAUCUUUUCCAAUUUGUACUGUAUAUUUUGUACUACUACAUAAUGCAAAGCAAUAUUGAUUCUAAUAUAGUCCUUAAUUUUGACUUGUCAA